CAAAUUCUUAGAGAAAUAUCAUAAUCGAAUGGAACAAAAGCACCGACGAAUUAUACAUAUUAGGUAGUCUCAGAGACAUACCUUGACUUGAAGACUUAAAGUCUUCUACACCCGUCUUUAAUACGGCUAUUUGUGAGGUAAUCUCUAAUUCGGGUUUUAUGUAAAUAUCCAUGUAUAUGAAUUUAUUAGAAAGGAAUACUUAGGUACCUCACAUGGUAAUCGCAGACGCACCAACUGAACUUGCAUCUUUUCACUGACAACAUCAACCUUCGUCGACUACUCGUGUUUCCCCAAACAAACCGACCAAUACAGUCACAAUGGCGAAGUCCAAGAACUCGUCUCAGCACAACCAGUCGCGCAAGGCUCACCGUAACGGUAUCAAGAAGCCAAAGACCAACCGAUACCCUUCUCUUAAGGGAACCGACCCCAAGUUCCGAAGAAACCACCGACAUGCUCUUCACGGCACCAUGAGGGCUCUGAAGGAGCUGAAGGAGGGCAAGCGAGAGACGGCAUAAAUUGGUGGAUAAAUGGGUUUCCGAGACACGACGUCGCGAAUGCGCAUCAGGGCACGAUUUGGGGUCAUUCAGGCAUGAUCAA